AUGUGCAGUAUUAACAACAGGAACACCACCUUAUGCACUAGAGGCAUCAUCGUAAUCUGCAGUAACAACAAGAACACCACCACAAGGACUAGAAACAUCAUCGUAAGCAGCAGCAAGAACAGGAACACAACCACAAGGACUAGAAACAAACACGACAAUGGCAGCAGUACCAACAAACACGACAAUGGCAGCAGUACCAACAAACACGACAAUGGCAGCAGUACCAACAAACACGACAAUGGCAGCAGUAACAACAAACACGACAAUGGCAGCAGUACCAACAAACACGACAAUGGCAGCAGUACCAACAAACACGACAAUGGCAGCAGUACCAACAAACACGACAAUGGCAGCAGUACCAACAAACACGACAAUGGCAGCAGUACCAACAAACACGACAAUGGCAGCAGUAACAACAAACACGACAAUGGCAGCAGUACCAACAAACACGACAAUGGCAGCAGUAACAACAAACACGACAAUGGCAGCAGUACCAACAAACACGACAAUGGCAGCAGCCACCGAUGUAUUGUUAGGGAUUGA